ACCCAUUGUUACGCGACUUCCUCCGUCGAUACACGCCGAACUCAUUUUAUUAGCCAUUAGCGCCAAAAAGCGAAAUAAAAAGUAUUAGAUAGAUUUUUAAUAUAAUAUAAUCAAGUGUUAUAAUAUUACUAUUAUUUACGUUUUAGAUUCCAUGAUGUCACCGUUAGCUAAAGCCCUUUGCUGUAUGAUUUUUCUAUCGCUGGUCUGUAAAUCGUUCAGCAUCCAUUGCUAUUACUGCAACAGUGCCAACAACACAGCCUGCUUGGAUGUUAAGCAAUAUGAUGAUGAAGUGCGCUCGAGGAUUAUACCCAUCGUUCACUGCGAGUCCGCCAUACCGAGCCCGGUUGCUAUGAAUUUUUUCUGCAGAAAGAUCGUUCAGACGAUAUAUCACACUUAUCGCGAAUCGGAGGUUCGUGUGACUCGCGGUUGCGGCUGGGUUCCUCAUCACAAGGAGUGUUACAAGGACGACAACAGCGAUCACCUGGGCACCGUCUGCCAAUGCUUCCAAGACCUGUGCAACAGUGGCGACACCGUGGACCCUACCACCGCCACCACAUUAUUCAUAGCCUUCUCUAUUUGCUUGUAUUUCUUGCGCUGAAAUAAACAAUGCAUUCAACUUUAUAGCAUUUGUUUGCUAAUACAUAUUUGUAUAAGGUUUAUAAUACAGACGUAAAAUUUCUUUAUAAACUUUGUAAGACAUGAUAUUGAAAACUAUAUUUGUAUCAACUAACUAGCUUCGACGAGACCACAUAUUUUAUAAUGAUCGGAUCUAUUUUGGAAUGAAUUCAAAAAUAAAGAGAUAAAAAUAUAA